AUGGCCUCAGAGCUCCAGGUAGAGGGACCUGUCUCAUUCCAGGCCCUGCCAAAGCAGAAGGGCCGCAGCAGGGGGGAGGUGCCACCGCCUGUGCCCUUCCGGCACUUUGACCAGAGGAGGAGGUCCAGCAGUAGUGAAGACGAGGUAGAGGAAGAGGUGGUGGCCAGGGUACAGCUCCACACCGACCCGUCUGAACCACAGAGGGAGAAGGAGAGCUGGGGUGCCAUGGGGAAGGGGGCAGAGAAGGGGGAGAGGGGAGGCCCGGCUGGGAGUGUGCCGGGGCAGCCUCGCGGUUUGGGGGAGGGGGCCAGCUUGGAGAGCUUGGAGAACAUCCAGUCAGACAGCACCAGCGUAACCAAGGAGGACCCCCCUCCUUCUUCAAAGCCUGCUCCUGCAUCCUCCUCCACCUCUUCUAACUCCUCUCACAGACACUGGGCACCUCCUAAAGGAUUUUGGAGGGUAGCACGCCCAGAGACUCUGGUUCUGAAUAGGGUGAGCACUCAGUCUACUGUGGGCACUCAGACUACAAUGCCCAUACUCUCGUCUUUUGUACGUCUGAAGGAUGAACCCCCUGCGAAUGCCACCUUCUCAGGGCCCCAGAGUAAGUCAAGACUGGCUUCUGUGGAUUCUGUAGACGAGGACAGGGACGAGAGUGAAGGGUGUUGGAACAUGCUGCGUUCGGACAGCCUGGACUGCUACCUGGAGAGGUGUGAUAAGAAAGAAGCGAAGGAGCCUAUGGAUCCCGUGGGGGGGCUGAGGAGGGCGGAGAGCUGGGAAAGUGUGUGCUCGCAGGAAGGGACGCUUUCGCUGGGGGAUACAGUGGAGGCCAACCAGAGAGCAAGAGGGCGGUCAGUGAACAGACGAAGGAACACCAAGAGAGGAGAGGAGAAAGGCGGCGUGGACAUCCCAUACCUCUGUGUUGACCUGAUAGACAAGAGAGAUGGUAUGAAGUUCCAGUUUAGAAAAUGCAUCUUGGUACACCUUGUUGUAAAACAGUCCGGGUACUUCAAGAGCUCACACUUCAACCCUGAGGAACUUCCUCUGAGCCCCAGACAUGAGCAGGCCAUGCUCCUGCUGGAGAGGGCUCGGUUAAAAGCCCGCUUCAAUCACGCCAAAGGGGAACGCCCUCAAACCCGCCGCUCCCAUUCUGCCCAGAGAUACAACCCUUAUUAUUAUUAUUUUAUACAGUGUUUAGUGUGUUUCCCUGUUCUAUCCAGCAAGAGGCAGCAGUCUGGGAUUGAGUCAGCACUGGUCCAAAAAGCUGUGGCUGUUAAACCCAAGGAAGAGCUGACAGCCCCUCCCUCAUCAGGUCCACUCCUGGUCCCACAAAGCAGAGAACUCUCCCCUGGGGGGCAUAAUCGUCGGUAUGGUAACUCACCCACAAGGGUGCGGUUUGAGGAUGAAUCAGAGAAGGAGGCAGAGUCUCGCUACCUGGAUCGGGUGAGGGAGCGUGGGCGGGCCACGGGACAGAAAUCCAAGGGCACUCUGGAAAAGAAGGCGGAGUCUAGCAUAAGCAUUACAGGCCUUAAUCCAAGACUGGAGGAUGUUGGUUUCACGAACGCUGCAUCUACCCAGGUAACAGAGGUAGUGGUGGUGUUGAGGAAAUGUGAGGCUUGUGGAUCCAUUCUUAGGGAUCCUCCAGUGCCCGAACCAGAGACUCAGUCCGGCAAUGCGGAGGAGAAUCAAGGCAGGAAGGUCUCUCGCUAUGGCCCCCCAGCCCAAUCAGACGGGAUCCCCCAACCAGAUCAGCCCAGCAGCAUCCACCCCAAAGCGGCUGGGGUCACCUUCGGUGAGGUCCUGAUUCUGGGAGAGGAUAAAGAGGGCGGGGCCGGGGGUGGAGUGGGGGAGAGGUCCUCCGGUUUUGGGAAGUUGAGGAGGCGCAGCAGGAAGGGAGAGAGCCGGCUGAAACGGGUCGGCUCGGGACAUGGCCCCUAUGGUGCCUCGUGGGCCCACCGUCGAAACUCCAACCCCAGAAACAGGGUCAACGUGUGCAGGCGAGCCGUCACCUUUGCUCUAGGCAGUCCUGUAGCUCUGGACCGCCCUCUGGUGGGAGCCUCCGGAAACAGCAGCCCCAAGGAUAGUGACGCCCCCACCCCGCCACUGCCCAUUAAGUCAGCUCUGAAGUCAGGCUGCAAGAGCAGGGCGAGUGGGCAGCGUGUGGUAAAGCUCCUGCCCUCGGUUCAGUAUCACCACAUCAACCUGGAUGAGGGAGCAGGGGGAAGCCCACAGCAUGACCUCAUCACCACAGAGCAUCAUGGGGAGGGUCCUAUCUCUGCCCCCUCAGGGUCUCCCCCUAACGCCGCCUUAGUCCCCUGCAUCCGACCAUCGUCCCUCAGGUACUCCCCUGCAAGGAUCACCCCUGACCUCCCCCCUGCGGAACUCUGGGAAACUGCUGCAGAUGGAGCUGGUCUGGCGCUGAGCGGAGACGUGUGUCGAGAUCUGCUGGUGGCUCUUCCAGAGUGCCGCCCUGCGCUGCGCUGCUUGGGCGUGUCCCGAGCAGAGGACCUGAGGGCAGAGUUAUUGAGAGCGGAGCACCUGAAGGCAGAGGCUCAGUGGGAGGAUGGCCAAGAGGGGGCUCGGAGGUCUAUGGCAGAGCGGGACGGCAGACCCAAGCUAUCUCUGCGACGGUUCUUCUCCUCCAUCGGGCUGCACAGUGUGGGCAGGCUGGUGAAGGGAGGGCGCUCCAGCAGCAUGGAACAGCUCAGCAUCUCAGCGCCGCGGGCCAGCUCCGCCUCACCCAGCCCCACCCACAGCCCUCACACCAACACCCGCCUGCAGAGGACCCCCUCACUACAGGCCCUGCACACAGUGUCCCCACUGGCCCAGCUUCGGAAAGCCUCCUCUGUGCAGAGUCUGGAGAGGAGAGUGGAGCGUUCUACCAUUCUGGGAGAGGUGUCUGUGCCUAACAGCCUGGCACCCAGGAUGAUCCAGAGAGCCCUGAGCGUGGAAGAUGUGUUAGCCCCUCGAGUGGUGCGUCCCAUGGGUCCAAUGGGUAGGGUCGUCCAGGCCUUCCCUGAUGGGACCCUCUGGUUGGAGCUCACCAGACCCCCUAACGGCCCUUUUGGGUUCGUCAUCUCACGGGGCAAAGGUCGACCGGUCACAGGUGUGUACGUGGAGCAGGUAGGGGACGGUACUGAGGAGGGCCUGUACUCUGGGCUCCUGGGUGUUGGGGAUGAGAUUCUGGAGGUGAACGGGGAGACAGUGGCUGGACUGACCCUGGAUCUGGUGACACGCCUCAUGACCCGUGACAGCACUGCCUCUAUCCGUGUCCUGCCACACCGUCGGAACCAUCGCUAAGCAAUGGAAUAUUCCAUUAUUAAUUUCAAUGAAAAAACACACUGGAUACUGCGCCAUGAUGAUGUCAUGACGAAAAUGUGAGAAUGGAAAUAGGCAUAAAGAGAUAUUUUAACUCAGGGAGAACAAAAGGAAGGACAUAACACAUCUCCUUUUCUAUUAUUAGGCCUAAUCUUUGAAGAUUCAGGCAAAUGUUUGUGAAUCAAAACAGAUAAAACAAAGCAUAAAGAAAAUGUUGCCCUGAAGAUGCAAGUGAGAUGAUCGACAGUGCCUUCAGAAAGUAUUCAUACCUCUUGACUUAUUCCACAUGUUGUUGCUGCAGCCUAAAUUCCAAAUGGAUUAUAUUGAUUUUAUUUUCUCACCCAUCUACACACAAUACCCCAUAAUGACAAAGUGAAAUCAUGUUUUUAGAAAAUGUUCCUAAUUUAUUGAAAUUGAAAUACAGAAAUAUCUUAUUUACGUAAGUAUUCACAACCCUGAGUCAAGAUAUGUUAGAAUCACCUUUGGCAAUGAUUACAGCUGUGAAUCUUUCUGAGUAAGUCUCUAAGAGCUCUGCACACCUGCAUUGUACAAUAUUUGCACAUUAUUCUUUAAAAAAUUAUUCAAGCUCUGUCAAGUUGGUUGCUAGACAUUUUCAAGUUUUGUCAUAGAUUUUCAAGUAGAUUUAAGUCAAAACUGUAACUAGGCCACCCAGGAACAUUCACUGUUGCCUUGGUAAGCAACUUGGUAAGUGUAUUGUUGGCCUUGUGGUUUAGGUUAUUGUCCUGCUGAAAGGGGAAUUUGUCUCCCAGUGUCUGUUGGAAAGCAGACUGAACCAGGGUUUCCUCUAGGAUUUUGCCUGUGCUUAGCUCUAUUCCAUUUAUUUUUAUUUAUAGAAAACUCCCUAGUCCUUGCCUAUGACAAGCAUACCCUUAACAUGAUGCAGCCACCACUAUCCUAGAAAAUAUAAAGUGAUGUGUCGUAUUGGAUUUGCACCAAACAUAACACUUUGUUUUCCGGACAUAAAGUUAAUUGCUUUGCAACAUUUUGGGGUAGUUUUACAUUAGUGCCUUAAUGCAAAAAUGAUGCAUGUUUUGGAAUAUGUUUAUUCUGUACAGGCAUCCUUCUUUUCACUCUCAAUUAGGUUGGUAUUGUAGAGUAACUACAAUGUUGUUUAUCCAUCCUCAGUGUUCUCCUAUCACAGCCAUUAAACUCUGUAACUGUUUUAAAGCCACCCUUGGCCUCAUGGUGAAAUCCCUGAGAGGUUUCAUUCCUCUCCGGCAUCUGAGUAAGAAAGGACGCCUGUAUAUUUGUAGUGGCUGGGUGUAGUGACUGGGUGUAUUGACUGGGUGUAUUGACACACCAUCCAAAGUGUAAUUAAUAACUUCAACAUGCUCAAAGGGAUGUUCAACGUCUGAUGUUUUUUUUACCCAUCUAUCAUUUGGUUCCCUUCUUUGCAAGGCAUUUGAAAACCUACUUGGAAUUUGUGGUUGAAUUUGUGUUUGAAAUGCAUUGCUCGACUGAGGGACCUAACAGAUAAUUGUACGUGUGUGGCACAGAGAUGAGGUAGUCAUUCAACAAUAAUGUUAAAUGCUAUUGCACACAGGGUGAGUCCAUGCUACUUAUUAUGUGACUUGUGCUGUUAAUUAAGAACAUUUUUACCCCUGAGCUUAUGUAGGCUUGCCAUAACAAAGGGGUUGAAUACUUAUUGACUCAAGACAUUUCAGCUUUACAUUUUUUGUGAAUUUGUAAAAAUGUCUACAAACAUAAUUCCACUUUCACAUUAUGGGGUAUUGUGUGUAGGCCAGUGACACCAAAUCUCAAUUUAACCCAUUUUAAAUUAAGGCUGUAACACAACAAAAUGUGAAAAAGGGGUGUAAUUUCUUUCUGGGGUGUGAAUUCUUUCUGAAGGCACUGUAAAUAAAGACUGUAUAAUGAUUAUUGUGCGUUUCACAAUAAAUAGCCUAUUGUGUCAAAGG